UUGGAGUGAACGGUCAACUAGAAAAAUGUUUGGCAGCCGAGAAAUCUUGGCUCUUGGAACGCUGCUGCUGAUAUCAGCUAUUGGUGCGCAAGCCGAAUCUAUUCCUUGUAAACUUAAGGAUGCGGAUCACGGCAAGGUGUGUGUCUGCACAGCAGACUACUGUGACUAUCUGGAAAACCCCAUCGUGACGGAGGACAACGAGUUCGCUUUGAUUUCCAGCUCCAAGCUGGGUCUGCGGUUCACCACUUCCAGUGGCAAAUUCGGCACAGAGGAGAAAUUCACGGUGCCAGACUAUGUGGAACCCACUCCGGAGGCUGUUAAUGCCAGCAUCCUGUCCCGUUUGGUGGAUAAGGUGGUGGCCAGUGCCUUUACCUUGGAGUCCCGUGAGAGUGCCAUAACUCGCUCGGUGACCCUGCGGCUGGACAGAAGCAAGACUCACCAGAAGAUGGUGGGAUUCGGAGGCAGCUACACUGGAGCUGUGACCUAUUUGGUGGAGAAUUUCAAGCAGACGGAGAUGGCCGAUCAUCUGUACAAGUCCUUCUAUGCGGAGGAUGGUCUGGGUUUCAAUCUGAUGCGCGUCUCAAUUGGCGGCUGUGACUUUGAUCUCGAAGCCUGGGCCUAUGCCGAGGAAGAGGGUAACACCCAGCUCUCCGACAUGGACAAAUUGGAUGAAAGGGAUGUGGGACGCUUGGCUCAGAUCAAGCGUCUCGUUGAGGUCUCUGGAGUGAAAAAUCUGCUAGUCAAGGGAGCCGCCUGGAGUGCCCCACGUUGGAUGAAGACCAACAACAAGUGGACAGGAUUUGGGCGACUCAAGCGGGAAUACUAUCAGACCUGGGUUGACUAUCAUCUCCGUUGGAUCAAGCUGAUGGAGGACAAUGGGCUACCCAUCUGGGCCAUUUCCACGGGCAAUGAGCCACUCAAUGGCAUCUUUUUCAUGUUUUUCGUGAAGUUCAUGAGCAUGGGUUGGACACCGCAAACCCAAGCCAUUUGGCUGAACGAUUACCUGGGCCCUGCGCUUCGUAAUUCGGAGUUCAAGGACAUUAUUCUCUUUGGAAAUGACGACCAGCGGUGGUCCUUCCCCCACUGGUUCAAGAUGAUGAACUAUACUCGCCCCAACUCGAUUGAUUAUCUUGAUGGAUUAUCUGUGCAUUGGUAUUGGGAUGAAAUUUUCGGCAAUAGCUUUAUUGAGCAGACCACAAAAUAUAUUCCGGACAAGAUUAUGAUUGUUUCCGAGUCCUGCAUCGGGGAUAAGCCCUGGCAGGCGGCUGCUCCUCUGCUGGGAAGUUGGGAACGUGCCGAGAAAUAUGCCCGUGACUAUCUGGCCAACAUUAAGUUGGGCUUCAAUGGUUGGAUUGAUUGGAACAUAUGCCUGGAUGAGGUGGGCGGACCCAACUAUGUGGAUAAUACCGUUGAUGCUCCUGUAAUAGUGAAUACCACAACUUUCGAUGAGUUCUACAAACAGCCCAUGUUCUAUGCCAUCGGUCACUUCUCUAAGCUGGUUCCUGAGGGUUCGAUCAGGAUUGAUGCUAUUCCCAGUAACGUCAACCUGGACACGGUGGCCUUCCUCCGACCGGAUAACAAGAUCGCCGCGGUUCUAUUCAACAGCGGACGAGCUGAUCUGGACAUCUCUGUGGUGGACAGCGUUCGUGGCAACUUUAUCGUAAAUGUUCCAGCUAGAUCCAUUCACACUUUGCUGUACAAUUGAACAAAGUUUCGAAAUAAAUUUUGUUUAAAAUCAA